AUGCAGCGCAAAGUGGGAGAGAAGGGGGCUGCAGAUCAGUGCUGUGAUGGGAUCCGGCGCCUCUCGGGAGCCGCGUGGUCAGCUGAUGAAGUUGCUGAGCUGUGCUGCCUGCACUAUAGGAGCAGGCUCCCUAAGCAGGGGAAGCCAGAUCCAAGCAGGGAGUGGACUUCACUGGCAGCUGUUGUCAAAGUGGAGUCCGCAACCCAAAGAGAGGUUCUUGCUAGUGCAGGGGCUCUGCAGGUUACAAAGGAAGUUGUCGCUAUGGGAACCGGAACAAAAUGUAUUGGCCAAAACAAAAUGAGAAAAACUGGAGAUGUUCUGAAUGACAGUCAUGCUGAAAUUGUGGCCAAGAGGAGCUUCCAGAGGUAUCUUCUCCAUCAGAUGUGGCUGGCAGCUUCCCAUCAGCAAUGCAGUAUCUUUAUUCCAGGAACUGAAACUGGGAAAUGGAAACUCAAACCAAAUGUCAUAUUUGUUUUCUUCUCCAGUCACACCCCAUGUGGAGAUGCUUCUAUUAUUCCAAUGAGUGAACCAGUGAACCAGCUUUGUAAGCCAGCAACUGGAGCUGAUGCUGUUGGACAGUUAGCAGAGUGUAGAAGUAACCAUGAUCAUUUGGGUCUAGAAGAUAAAAGGAAAUCAGAGAAAAUGGCAAGUGACCAUAAAAUCAAGAGAAUGAAAACUGACAAUGAUGGUUAUUUUUCUGUAAUCACUGAAGGCCUGACUGUUCAGCAAGGAUCUGUGGAACGAGAAGAUGAUGCAAAUCCAGAGGGCUGUGAAGGUUCUGCAGAGAGGCAAACAGCUGAUAAGGAGACUACCUUAAGGAGACCAAAGGUAGCAGAUGUUUAUAGAACUGGAGCAAAAUGCGUGCCUGGAGAGCUGAGUGAUGCCCGAAUACCUGGACUAGGUUAUCACUGUGUGGGGUUAUUACGAGUGAAGCCAGGUCGUGGGGACAGAACAUGCUCAAUGUCCUGCAGUGAUAAACUGGCUCGUUGGAAUGUAUUAGGGUGUCAAGGAGCUCUUCUGAUGCAUUUCCUGCAGUAUCCAUUAUAUCUGUCAGCAAUUAUAGUGGGGAAGUGUCCAUAUAGCCAAGAAGUCAUGAGGAGAGCAAUUAUUGAAAGGUGUCAGCACAUCUCAUGUUUACCAGCUGGUUUUGUCACCCAGGAGGUUAAGCUGCUGCAGUCAGAUCUUCAGUUUGAGCACAGCCGUCAGGCAAUUCAGGAAGCGCAGACUAACAGCAAAACAAAACUUGUGCCUUGCAGUGCAGCUAUCAGUUGGACUGCAGUCCCUGAGCAGCCUCUGGAUGUCACCUCAGAUGGCUUCCGUCAGGGAACAACAAAGAAGAUGAUUGGGAGCCAUCAGAGCAGAUCCAAGAUCUGUAAAGUGGAACUCUUCCAUACAUUCCAAAAGCUGGUGAUGAGUAUUCCACCUGAGGAUCUGCCAGACACGCUCCGGAUGAAGACUCUAGAAACCUACUGGGACUACAAGGAAGCUGCACUAAAUUAUCAAGAAGCCUGGAAAGUGCUGCGUAGCCAAGCCCUAAUGGGCUGGGUCAAGAAUACCAAGGAAUACCUGCAGUUCACGUGAGAAUACAUGCGGCUGUGUAAAUCCAGCAAUGAGCUCUGGUGCACAGAUACCGCUGCAGUUCAAGGACUAGGAAAAGAUAUCCUCUAGUUUGUCCCUGCCCAUGGCAGGCGGGUUGGAACUAGAUGAUCUUAAGGUCCUUUCCAACCCUAACUAUUCUGUGAUUCUAUGUGCUGUAAGGAGACAGUGAAAAGGAAAGCAGUUUAGAGAAGUCUUUAUUUUGGUUGAGUUGAAGCCCCUUUUUAUUGAAAUAUAGAAAAGAAUCAUUGUAGACUUGAAGUUCUGAGCUGCAUGAAACAAUUAUGCCUCAAAAGAAAGGAAGAAGUGACGUGCUAUCCCCUGUUACCCGAGGAUAUGAUCAACCAUAGUCCAUUGCAGUGGAAGUAAUGUCAACUGAAACUAAAGCAGCGCUAUGGCCAUCACUUGUAAAUUUUACUGCUGCUUUUAAAUCCCCCCUCUUCAUAAUGUUAUGGUUGGGUUUGUGUUGCUGGGACGACCCUGAUGUGUAAUAAGUAAUGUUUUUAUAACUCUUGGCUCUCCUUGUCUGGCUCCUGGAAGAAUUUUCCACGUCCCCCAACCCCAUUGCUUCUAACUGGAAAUACAGGUUCUGUUAAAGGGUCUUUUUUUCUGGAAAUCCUUCAUGUAAGCUUCUAGUUACUAAACACAGCCAAAGCAGAAGUAAAAAAGUUCUGGGGAGAAGCAGUGUCAAAUAAUACCACUUGUGAUCUAUCUCAUGUGCCUGUUUUAAUUUCACGACUUUCCCAGAUACCUGUUCAACUGCUUUGCUUCUGUGGGCAGGAAAGAAACCUCCUGGUUCAAACCUGUCAGUCCUGUGUAAUUCCUGGCAAACAGUUACCUACUUUGCAGUGUUUCAAGUGCUGUCCAACCCCUGUCUCCCUGUGAUAUGUGGUUAAUUAAAAGCAGGGGUACCUUAACCAUUUAUGUCACUGUUUCCUGGCAACUGUUCAUUAAUUGCCUGGCACAAGUGGAGAUGCUUUGGGGGAGACUGAAGUGGUCUCUGACAGUCUUUGCCUUUAUGCUUUAUUACCAAGUAAUGUCUACAUGGCAGUCAGUAAAUGCUGGGGGCUGGGGGAGACAGCAGGUAAUUCUCUGUAAGCUUUUUGUCCCAAUUAUUGCAUUCUGUGAGCAAGUUCAGGACUAUGUAACUGCUACUGAGCACACUCCCCUUUUGUACCUUUUCUGCUGUAAAUUGUGCUUCAUAAAACAUUUGCACAAGGCAAUGGGAGGAUGAAAGAAGUGGAUAAUUUAGAACCUAAGAAUUUUUUAGUGACUUGAAUUUUCUGGUUUUUUGGUAUCUUACCACAGUUUCGGAUUUGAAAAAUGGGCACAGCAGUUCUCCAAACAGCCUGUACAGUCAACCUGCUGAGCUGCAUAUGGGACUGUUCAGUACAUAUUGCAUUACAGUCUGAGAACUGAUUACAGCAAAUCCUUUUACUUCACACUUGGGUUGACUGGUCAAAUAAGAAUAGUGCUCUUGUCGAAGAACUAACAAAACCCAAAUGCUGUGUGUAUGAGCCUGUCCUCCCAAAUCCAGCAGAAAGACCAGUUGUAUUGGUGAAGGGGGGAGCCAUUGCAUGUGUCUUUAGAGGACAGGGGAUUAUGGAGAAUGGUAACUGGCAUUAGUCACCAGGGGAUGAAAAAUGGCCAGAUGCUAUCACAGAUUUGCUACAUGGUGAACUGCAUUGCAGGGGCAGAGUCCUGUAGUGUACCUAAGAGAUAAUUAGUGCAUUUCCAGACUCCUAAAAUUUACCUUUGUCCUUCCCUGAAAUCUUGCAGAAACUGUAACUUACCGUACCUAGUUUCCCUUUGUUAAUCAAGAAGGUCUGUAGGGAACCUGCUGACCAGACUGGAAUGUUCCCAUUUCCCAUCCAGCUGCAAUAUUAAAAUGGGUUACAUAAGGCUAGUUCUGUCUUGGCAUCCAGCUAGUUUUCAGAUGAGCAGUUACAUGAUGUAAAUGCUUUUAACUCUUUCAUAAAAUUCGAGCCUGGCUGUUGGGAAAGGUUGUUCCUGGAUUUUCCUGUGUGUUUGUAAAGUACUUGUGACCUGUAGACUGCUGCUUUCCACUACUUGUCAGGCUUAAAAGUAGUUUUAUAGGUGCUGAACAGUAAUACUAACCUCACUUUUGGAUUUAGUUGAGGACAUAUUUUAGCCUAGAGUGAGUCAAUGAAUAUGCAGAGAGAGGAGCUAAAACAAAGCAGCAUUUAAGGAUGGGGCCUGAUCCUGCAUGAUCCUUAGGGAGAACAUUAGAAUGCAGAGACCCUGUCACAGAGGAGCACAGUUGUGGGUAGGUGUAAGUAGAGGAAACCAAGUGCCCACAGUUGAUGGUUAGUGAGGACAACCAAACGGUUGCCAAGUGGAGCAGCAGAGCUCAUGAGGGCACCAAGCUUCCCAAGGCAUGUGUAAAAUGAGCGUAUUUGUAUUACUGGAUAGGUCCCUGAUUUUCCCAAACUAGUAUGGGGGCCAGUGGUCCCUAUUUUUCAGAAGAAGGAAACUAACCCUUGUUUUGAGUGGGACAUCUUCAACAGCUUCACCGUUGGAGACACCAUUAUAUUUUCAACUGCAGUAACAAGGCAGGGCCACCUGCUUACCUUUAAGGAAGUCA